CAGGCCUGUGAGCAUUGCAAGCCUUUGAUGCAUCGGUGGUGGUGCGCGAUCUGACCUAUACGUGAGAUGCUAGGUAGCCUUCUGCUAGCGGUGGUGGAGGGCCUGGCACGCCUACUAGGGCAGAAGUGCAGGAGGCUCUUGUGGUGGUCGCAGUGCAGAUGGCCGGCGGGGCGGGGGAGGGCGCGGCGGAGCUGGUAGCGGGGUACCAGCGCGAGCUGGCAGAGCUGACGUACAACAGCAAGCCCAUCAUCACGAGCCUCACCAUCCUGGCAGACGAGAACAAGCACGCCUCUGCCGCCAUCGCAGCCUGCAUCUGCCGCCACAUUCUUCAGGCGGCCCCGGCGUACAAGCUGCCGGCGCUGUACCUGCUGGACAGCAUCUGCAAGAAUCUGCGCGGCGUUGACUAUGUCGCACACUUCCGGCCCCAGAUUGUGCACGUCUUCACGUCGGCGUACCUGCAGGUGGCCCCCGCGCAGCGCCAGGCGCUCAAGCACCUCUUCCGCACCUGGACCGACGGGCGCAUCUUUGACCUGGAGGCGCUGCAGAGCAUCGACAAUGAGCUCGCCCGCAUUGAUGCCGAAGCCCCUCCGGCGCGCACCACCUCCACUCCGCCCUCUGCCGACCCGCGGCGGGCCCGGCCAACGUCGGCGCUGCCUGUGGCGCUGGGGCAUGAGAUUCAUGUGAACCCCAAGCUGCGCGAGGGGCCCUUCCCUCGGGCUAAUGCUGACGCCGCCCUUCCGCUUGGCGGCACCCUCCCCGCUGCUCCUCCGCUCCCCCCCCUGCCUGCUGUUCCCCUGCAGCCACCAGUGGCGCCGCUGCGGCAGUACCCGGAGCAUGGCCUCGCGCACGAGGAGAGCCUGCGCAGGAAGAGGAAGGGCGGCGGAAGCAAGCGCCGGCGGGGCAGCCGCGGAGGAGAGCGGGACAGAGGGCCCCCUGCCCGCGAGCCGCCCCCCUGGCCCCUGCCCGGAGCAGGCCCCCCUCGACAAGAGACAGAGUACCCCGCAACUCCAGCCAUUGCGCAGCAUGCCCCCCUCUCCGAGGGCCCUCCUCCUGGCUACGGGCCCCCCCUGGCUGCCCCUGUUGCGGUUGCCCCUUCCCCUGUGAGCGCGCCGUCGGCGGAGGCCUUCCAGCAGGCGGAGCAGCUCUUGGCCGCGCUGCACUCGCUGUUGCCCACCGCCGCAGCGCCGCCCGCUGCCCCCACCCCGCCCCUCCCGCCUGGCCCCCCUCCCCGCCCUCGCACCCCCCCUCCCCCGGGCUUCCCGCCAGCUCCGCAGGCCAGCGGCACCAGCACGCCGCCCCCGCCGACCGUGGCCCCUCCCCCCCCCCCACUGGACCUGCAGCAGCUCACCCUGCUCUCCUCCCUGCUGGCAGCACAGAUACAGCCCCCGCCGCCCCCCGGCCCCGCCCCGCCUCGCCCGGCGGCAGCUCCCCCCGCAUCAAUCGCUGCCCCCGGGCCGGCGGUACUGGAUGCAGAAGCAGGCACGGAGGAGGUGGGGCGGGCCUUUGUGGCGGAGGAGCUGCGCGUGCGGCGCGAGGGCGUGGUGGCGGCGCUCUACAGCGCGUUUCCGCACCAGUGCAAGCGCUGCGGGCGGCGCUUUGCCGAGCGCACCGAGUACAGCGCUCACCUCGACUGGCACUUCCAGCAAAACAAGCGGCGCCGCGAGCGCAAGACCGCGUCGCGCCCCUGGUUCCACCCCGCGGACGACUGGGGCGGCAGCCCGGAGGGGGGGCCGGGGCCAGACGAGAGGGAGGCCGGGGGCGGAGAGGAGGCCGCCGCAGCGGGGGUGGCGGAGGAGAGCGCGGCAGUGCCGGCGGAC